UCGUUUUAGUAUCUCUGAACUUCUUCGCUGAAUCUCUCUGUAGCUAUCCCGUGCUCACGUCCGGCGAUCGCCGCCGCGGCAACCCCAACUCGCCUCCCCGUUUGUGACGCGGAUGCGGCGCCGCCAUCGGCUGACGCCGGAGACGAGAAGCAUCCUCCCGCCUCAUCUUCUCUGCGGAUCCAGCCCCCUCGGGCAGCGAGCUGCCUGCGGGGGAGGAGGUGCAGCGUCGGCGGGGCAGGGGGGAGCUGCGGUGGAGGAGCGGCAGGAGGUACAAGUCGCGACGACGGAUUCAGGGGAGCAGAGGUGCCGCGGCCCGCGGGCGGUGGCAAGUGCGCGGCAUAGUGGCAGAAGGAAUGCCUAGCACCCGCCUGGUGCCGGCGGCGGGGGGAGAAAGGGGCGGUGGGGCUCUAGCACCCGCCUGGCGGCCGCCACCACAUCAAGGUCGCCGAGGCGGCUCCAGCUCCCUGGACAUGCCGCCGACCUGCCGCUCUUUCACUGAAGUAGUUGGUAUUGUUCUUGUAUCAUACUGUUUACUGAAGAUUUUUUUUUUAUGCAACUCACCUCAUGCAAAAUCACCAGAUCCAACUUUACUUGUUUUGACAAGCUGCACAAGAGUUCUGCAACCUGUCUUUUCUAGUUGGGUUGUACAAUCUUUGGUUAUGGUAAAAUACUUGAAAUGUGAUUAAGAAAUAAUAAUGUACUCCCUCUGUAAUUAAUAUAAGACUAAAGUAGUGAUCUAAAUGCUCUUAUAUUAGUUUACAGAGGGAGUACAAAGCUGCCAUCGACCGGCUGUAAAGCUUAAUCGAGCUCUGUAUAUUUCUUUAUUACCUUUGAAUGAAACCUGAGAGGAUCAAGCUCCUAAGACUGUUGAGCUGUUAUACUUCAGACCAAUUUUCAGUGUUCAUUCCUUUCUGUGGAAAAGCUCUCCAGAUUGUGUUGAUUGUUUGGAAUGACUAGUGCCGCUUAAAAAAAAGUAGCAUUAGACUUGCUUGGAGUUUCUAUUUUUUUUCCUUCUGAUUUUUGAUCCUCCAAUCUGGAACAAACCGCCCCGAUGGAGCUCACCUUGGGAGGUCUUGUGUGUGGACAUGUAGCUUGAUUAAUUUGUAUACUUUGUGUCAACGAUGAAAUAACAUUAAUAAGCUUAUGAAGGCCAUCCUGGUCAGUUUGUUUAGUUUGGAGAUUAAAAUGUCUGGAGUUGUACAGUGAAUAAUAUUUGGUUUCGUUAAAGUUACAAUCAACUAACGUGCCAUAAAGGGUUGCAGAUGAAGUAGUAUGCUGCGUGGAGUACCACUUUGAGACAGUUUCAGGCAGCAGAAAGAUCAGGUUAGUUUCAAGAGAAAAGAAAAAUCAGGAGUAGGUUGGAAGAAUGAGUCAAACAUGACUGCUUUCUUUUUCUGUUUGGAGAGCUCAUAUGCUGCAAGCUUUCUGGUAAAGCUCAGCUGGAUCUUUUGACAAACUUCCGAUCCCUAACUUCCAGUACAAAUACUUCGGCAUCAACAAUUCAUCAGGUUCUUAGGUGAUAUAACAUAGACAAGCAAAGACGCUGGAAGUUCUUGUUACUAUACCUGAGUAAUCGCCUAAGUAAAACCAUCGUUAUAGUUAACAAUUGGAUGCUGCAUAAAAGAACCUGAGUAAUUUUUUGCUAAUAGUAAAGCGAGAAUCAAGCAGAUCAGGCCAGAGAAAACAUGAGGGGGUCCCUGACUUAGACCAUACUAACACUGAGAAAAUUGAAUUAAAAUCAAAAUUUGUCAAUGUAAUAUACCUAAAAACCCAUGGAUGGAUGGAUGAUCUGAUAACUAAGAUUGCACUCUAAAAUCCCGCUCAAAUAACUGUUGCUUCACGUAGUGGAGCUUGAAACCGUCUUUGUCCUCACUACAUAUUUAGUACUACCUCUGUUUCUAAAAUUUAGGAACAGAGGGUGUAUUUUGCAACUCCUUUUUGAUUCUCCUUUCAGUGUGAACCUAAUUGAGAAAAAUAUAAAUGACAGGAAAAGGAAGAAUCUUUCUAAACAUAAGGACUUAUUCGAGGUGAUAGUACUACACUUUUUUGUAAUGAAAUACUACAAAUCGAGCCACUUGUUACUAUCUAACUGAAUGCUGCUGUUGCCAUCCUGUACUGUCUUAACAUACCUGGCCAAAACUAGGGACGAAUGAAGACAAGGUUAAGCAUGUAGUAAGUUACUAACUUGCAUGUUCAUAGUAAGAUGUACUCUUUGCCCUUGUUCAUAGUAAGAUGUAGUCUUUGCUCUUGUUUCCCACUUACACAUAUCUGAUGCUUGCAUACUUUUAUUUUCUUUUGAAAGAUUGUUAUGCUUUAUAUGAAGUAUCAUGCUGCAUGGAGUACCACUGUGAGACAAUUUCAUGUAGCAGAAAGGUCAGGUAAUCAGGUUAGUUUCAAGAGAGAAGGAGACAAGAGCAGGUUGGAAAAAUGAGGCAAACAAGAUUGUUUCAAAAUUCGUCAAGGUAAAAUACCUAGAAAUCCUAUGAAUGGAUGGCUGAUCUGAUCCUUUAGUACUCUCCCCAAAUCACUAGAAAAUUGCACCGCAGAAUCUCUCUCAAAUAAUUGCUGCUUCGUGGAGUAGAGCUUGAACCUCACUACAUAUUUGUACUUUGCAAUGUAAUACUCCUUUCAGUGCGAACCUAAUUGAGAAAAAUAAAAUGAGAAAAAGGGAGAACCUUUCUAAACAUAAUGAAUUAUUGGAGGUGCGAUUACUAUGUUUUGUUUUGCAAUGAGAUACUACAAAUAGAGCCAGUGGUUACUACAUCUAACUGAAUGCUGCUAUUGCCAUCCAAAUAAAGUCUGUACUGUCUUAACAUGCCUGGCCAAAAUGAGGGAUGAAUGGAGACAAGGAUGAUCAUGUAGUAGAGGCAACUAGUAAGUCACUGACCUGUAUGCUCUUCCUGUUCGUAAUAAGAUAGUCUUACUCUAGCAUCCCAUUUACUUGAAGCUCUAAGAAAUUGUUGCUUGAUGGAAUGGAGAUUGAAACCGUCUCCAUUUUCCAUAUCUAUUUCUGUGAUUUCAACAACGAGUCAUUAGUACGUAUUUUUCAACGUAACAUUAUCGUGGACAUAAUUGUGGCAAGUGUGCUUAAAGAAUAGCCUAGACAGAAUGGGAACCUUUCUACUCUAACAUUCUGGGAAACUCUAGUGCGGCACUAGUAGUGCAGUUUGUUCAUUACGAAAGGCAGGGGUAUAUAUAAUUUUAAGAAAAGAUAAUUAUACCUAUGUACCUGCGGCUGACAGAAAUUGCUAAGCCGGAAUACACAUGACUUGAGAAGAAAAUCAAUGUUAAAAACCUGCAAAAAAUGCGUAAGAAAAAGAAACUAAGGCACGCAAAGCAGUGGAGGAGACUAAGCUCGGUAGCCAACGGCUAUAAAUACCUCACCACCUUGUUCGCACCAUCCAAAGAAACACAGAGUUCCAGCAGAGACGUGAAACCCCAGAGUGCUCCCACCAUGGCUGCCAUGUGGUCUCGGAUCAUCGGUCUCCUCCUCCUGCUCCCACUCGGGCCCUCCUCCGCCAUCAAGUUCCCGCUCAUAGGCAACGUCUACCCUGAUGGCCACUUCUAUGCUACGUUGCAGAUUGGUCACCCCUUGAAGCCCUACUUCCUGGACAUCGACACUGGCAGCAACCUCACUUGGCUGGAGUGUGACCUCCCACAUCAGCGCUGCAAGGGCUGCCACCCGAGGCCAGCACACCCACAUUACAAGCCAGCAGCUCAUAACUUGAUGGUGAGAUGUCACAGCUGGAUAUGUGCUGAGCUACGCAAAGACCUGCCUGGUAGCCCUAAAUGCCCCAAGAACGAUCCAGAUCGAUGCCACUACGACAUCCAGUAUGUCUCCGGGAAGUCAAAAGGUGUCCUUGUCAACGACAUGAUGUUUAUCAAUGGGAGAGAUGAUAAAAACUGCUUUUUCGGAUGUGGAUACGAGCAGGAGGAACCAGUAGAUCAGCCAUCGCCGCCGCCUGUAGAUGGCAUCCUUGGACUUGGAAGGGGAAAUGUAGGAUUUGUCGCGCAACUCAAGGUGCAUAACAAGAUAACCAAGAAUGUCAUUGGACAUUGCCUCAGCAUCCAUGGAAAUGGGAACCUAUACAUUGGGGACUUCAGGCUGCCCGAUGGCCACAUCACCUGGGUACCCAUGAGUAGAUCAUUGCCUUACUACUCACCUGGCCCAGCAACACUGCUCUAUGACAAACAUCCGAUAAGAGAUAAUCCAGCAUUUAAUGUAGUAUUUGACAGUGGCUCCACCUACACUUACAUGCCUGGCCAGAUAUACCAUGACCUUCUUUCAAAGGUUCAAGAGACUCUCCGAAAAUCACCACUUAAAAAGGUUUGUGAUCCUGCUCUGCCUCAAUGCUGGAAAGGAAUAAUGCCAUUCAGAUCUGUCGACAAUGUGAAGAAUGAAUUCAAGGCACUGUCGCUAAAAAUUACCCAUGCCCAUGUCACCAGCAACUUCAAUAUCCCCCCUGAAAACUACCUCAUCGUGACGAAAUACGGGAAUGUGUGCUUGGGCAUCCUUGAUGGCUCAUCGCAUCCUCUUCUGAAGCAUCUCAUCUUAAUUGGAGAUGUUACGAUGCAGGAUCUGUUUGUGAUAUAUGACAACGACAAAAACCGCCUCGGAUGGAUCAAUGCACAGUGCAACGCGAUGCAUGACCUUGAGUCUGUCAUGGAUUCACGUCUCUGAAUAAAGUUCAAAUUGACAUAGAAAAAAACCUUAGCAAGAACAAAAGAGUGCUGUUGUAUGGUGUUCAAAAGAUUGUAUGGCGCUCCCGUUUAUAAUGAAACGUGUUGACAUGUUGAGGAAUAAA